GUACGCAGCCCUUACAAGCUGCAGUUUGAUUGGCCAAAUGAACAAUAUCCGCACCUCGACACAAAGAACGAGAAGAAUAGAGACGAAAGGACUCCUUUGUAGAGCAAAGAUAAUAGGAGACAAAGCAGCCGCGUACUUACUCAUUCGAGGGCACACGGGGGGCGAAACUGAAGACGGUUGCGUAGGUGGGAGGAUCUUUGAGUUUAACUCUAUAACAGUCUAAUAUACUUCCCCGGGAUCUAAGGAGCCGCGUGGGAACGAGGCGCAAGGAAAACUAGAGUAAAAACAAAAAGAUGGGAGAUCAAAUAAAAGAGAAGUUUGAUAAUCCUGUUGUAAAUACCACAUUUUUUGCUAUUUUAUUUUUUUUUUCAGUCGUCCGCAAUUUAAGAAUGUAAAGUAUUGAUUGUGAUCAUUAAAGGGUGCUCAGCCAUUUAUCACUUUAAUGGAAGUCUAUUGUGUGCAUGUGACGUGCAAUAACAACAACUACGUCAAUCAAAAAAUUAACAGCACUUGAACAAAAACGCUUAGGCAACUGGCGAAACGAUCUUUAGGUACGAAAUAACAAUCUUUUGAUUGAGAGAAGGGUUGUUACAUUGCAGAGAAACGAUUAACACUGUGAAAGUUCCGGGUGUGUCCAGAAAGUGUCGAUGGAAACUCGUAUUAGCCAAGAUAGCGUGCUGUGAAAUACGGAAACCAUGCAAUGUUGAUCAUCUGUGUCAUCCAGCUGUACUUUUUGUGUCUUAGAGAGACAAGCGCCUCACAAGGAGUUCUACUACACCGGGACAACUCGGAUAUUGCGUGGAGUUGGUCGAAUGCGUUUACUUUGGGCGAUGGAAUCGGGUGGAAGCGUGACGUUAGCAGUGGAAGUUACUCAGUGUGCGACCUGGCCUUCACACAGACCAACAGCACCAACAGCUGGCAAGUCUCCGAGUUCAUCCAAUCACAAGACGCCAUAGAGGUGACUAUCAAGUUCGUAUUCACCGCCCGACAGUGCCCAGGUGGUUACGCGUACUGUGUGCAAUAUUUCAACUUAUUCACCUUGGAGACUGAUGACCAAUAUGAGAGCAUGAAUGAAAGCGUCAUCAGGGAUGACUUCAGAUUCGUGCAGAAAGUCUUGGCCUCAUCCGUGUGGACAUCAUUGGUCACUCCCGUCAGCAACGUCAUCAAUGUUACCAUGAUAACACAACGAAAAGGCUUCUACCUCGCCUUGAAAGAUGUCGGAGCCUGUGUAGCAGUCAGCGGUAUCAGCGUGACAUAUAACUACUGCCCUAAUAGUGUCAUUAAUGGCGUGACGUAUCCAAGGACUGUCUCGUUGGCUUUGCGGGACGGUGUAACGCAAGUAGAAGGGAACUGUUCCACCAUGGCAGUACAGUACCCGUACAACAGGACACUGGUGGCGAAUUGUUCUGCGAGUGGUGAUUGGCAGGUCCUGGAGAGUGAUAGCACGUGCAUGUGUAAGGCGGGGUUUGGGCUACUUGGGGACAAGUGCAAAGCUUGCCAAAACGGAGAAUUCAAAAACAUAGUUGGCAAUAGUGGAUGUAUAACGUGCCCUGGUCAUACCCACUCCAGUGUGCUCCGUGAUGUCUGCAUCUGUGAUGCUGGGUUCUACCGAGCAUCGGUCGACUCGCCACUUGGUCCAUGUUAUGGACCGCCAUCAGAGCCAAGAAAUCUUUCCUACACUACCAUAGCAACGGGCGUUAUCAUGGUGACAUGGCUACAACCAAUAGACACCGGAAGUCGCAGUGACGUCACGUACGAUAUCAGCUGCCACAAAUGUCUGGCCGGUGCGUGCACAGAGACUUGUACAGACGUCAUACUAUGGCCGUCCAAUCAGGGUCUCUUGAACACUCACCUGAUCGCUACCCUAGGGGCUAGUGGGGAUAUAGGAGAUGUGAAGAUCACGGUUUUCGCAAAGAAUGGAGUUAGUGACUUGGCAGGCUUAGGGAAAGCUAGAAAUGGUAGCAUCGUCUUGAGUACGCUGGGUACAACGUUGUCGCCGACGGGUACCUCUACAGGGCGUGCCGCGGGGAAUGGGACAGGUACUACAGCUUGGGUACCCACCGGAGCAGGCUCAGCAGACACAAGCAGGCAAGUCGCCAUAGCAAUAGGCGUGUCAUUUACUGUAACCCUCAUCGUGUGCAUUGCUCUGGCCUCCGCACUGAUUUGGUACUUGAGGAAUAAAUGGCGCCCAAAAGUGAUAAACCUUGCCCACCUCAGCAGCGAGCGUACAGGUCAUAAUGGGGAAGAUACCUUCCACGACAACUCCUCCACCGAGACAGACUUGACUGAUAGUUUCAAAAUCUGGCAGAAUGCUCAAAACAACCUGUCGCCCAAGAUCAACGCCAUGCGUAUGUACCGGAGAAACUCAACGGAGCCUCUGACAGUAAACAAGGAUGGGGAAAGAGAAUCGCGUGAAGCCUGGACUCCAUUACAGGGAAAGAAAACCGGUUUUACUGGAUUGUUUACAAAUAAUAGACUUGGCUCUUCAGUAACGGUGAAGAGCUGGUUCCCUGAGCCCCAAGUUCAGUACGAUGUUUGAUGGGAUAUGAACAUAGAGAACUUUAUAUUCGUGAGUCCCGAAAGCUUCUUAGCUCUUUUAAAAAUCUUUUUUAUAGAGAUGUUAAGACAACAAGAAAGGCUACUGCGAGGAAUCAUCCAGUGUUCGUUAUUCGUCUCGGAGCUACUCAGACCACAAAACGCGAAACAAGAAGAGAAGAACUGUGUGUUGUCAUAAUUAUGUAUAUUUAGGUCUUGUACAAAAAGUCACGCUCGAACUGUAAAUGUUACAAAAAGGAAUUAUCAAUAGUCAUUAGUACCUAGUCAUGAAAUCAGCGCGAGAGGAAUUAAUAAUGAAAUGUAGAAAUACAACGACAA